AUGGAAGCCAUGCUAUGUCCUUUAGCUCCAGCACCACGUCUCGAAGAGUGGUUAACACAUAGCAACAAAAAAUACUGCGAGCUAUGUGGACACGAGUAUGCGUUCACGCCGCUCUACGACCCAAACAUGCCGGAGAGCAUUCCAAAACGCAUCAUCGUGCGCCAGAUGCUUGCAAACCUCUUGGGCGUGCUGGGGACUGGGCUCAGAUGGCUAGCGGUCGUCAAUCCUGUGGCUUGUGGUGCUGCCGUAUAUUGUGUACUGGUUGACGCGCUUCUACUUUUGGAGCGCGGCGACACUGAUGCCACCAAUGCAACCAUGCAGGCCAAUUCAGCCGGGGCAGUGAUCACAGCUGGCUCGCGCUUUGUUGACCAUGCGUCGUGGCGCGAGUGGUAUUUGGCAGUCCGCGACAACAACACCAUCUGGCGAGAUUACAUCGUAUACGGGUGUUCUAGAGGCAUUGUUGUCAAGAGAACAUCCAUGCUCUGGUUGAAGUCAUCUGUUGAGGGGCUGGCCAAGUGCGUCGAGGGUGGGGUCAUCACAGUGUUUACGGUGCUGGCGUUUUUGGCGCUUUUCCUGCUGCGUGACUGGAUUGUAAUCAACAUGCCUGCUCCUGACGACCUGGUCGACCAAGUGGAGCAGCAGAUCAACAACAACAACAUUGCCAUUGCGCAGGACCGCCAGCGUUUGGAGCGACUGCACCGGCCGUUGUUUGAGCGAAGGCCAUUGGAUGUCCCAGUGCUCGAUGACUUGCCGCCGAAUGAGCGGCCCAUUGGACAGCAGCCCGAGGAGCAGCCAGCUAUUCAGCACCAUGAGGAGGAGCAACAUACCGGGUGGGCUUACGCAGAGGAGGCAUUUGUUGCCGAUGUAGACGGCCUAGCAGACGGGUCUGACAACGAUGAUAUGCCGGAUAUCCCGACGAUGUCAGCGAUCAGGAGGACGUCAGCCGACCCAUCUCCGCUUGUGGGGAUCAUUUCACCUCUAUUGUCAGUAGGUGGUGUCGAUACCGGCAAGGGCAAGGGCAAGGGCAAGGAGCGCGCACCAACACAGUCGUCGGCUUCUGAUGAUGCAUGGUCGUUUGUAUUUGGCGAGUCUUCUUCGUCAGCAUCUGGUAGUGGUGGCAAUGCCGACUCAGGCGCACACACUGGUGCUGCUUCUACUGCUGCGGCUGCUGGCGCUAGGAAUGAUAGGCCAGAGCCUGACAACGACAUGCCUCCUACGUUCACCACAGAGCAUAGUCAAGGACUUGUUGUGCACGCAGAACAGCGCCUGCACGAGAACCCUGACAACGGCAAUGCACGCGACGACGAGGAUCAGUGGGAGGACGAGAGUGACGAUGACGAGGAGGUGCAGCGGCAGCGGCAGCUAGCAGUCCUGCGUGAAUUUCAGCGUGCUCGACAGAUGGAGGGUCUGCACCUAGACCAUCUUUUGCGUCCCAACCCCGGCCCCAACCCAGCGGACCCGCAGCAGCCACGGCAGCAGCCGCAGCGCCGGAUGCGCCUGCGGCAGCAGGAGGCCAAUGCUGAUGCGCCAGUGCCAAAUGUUGGCAACAGAAACCAGGUGCUCGGUGAACAAGAGGACCUUGACGAGGACCAGAACCAGCCUGACCCGGCCCUGGAUCCAGACUUUGUGGAUUUUGAAGGCGCCGAUGGUCUGCUCGAAGCAAUGGGGUUCCGUGGCCCGAUCACCAACGCAAUUCAGUACUUUAUCCUCGUGCUGAUCGUUGUUGCAUUGAUUCUGGCAUUGGGUGCCUGGAUCCCCUAUGUGACUGGGCGUGCAGUUCUGGCCUCUCAUCCCAUCCGGCUUAUGCUGUACCCCGUCCACGCCUGUAUCGAGGUCAUCGAUAUGACUACAGAGUUUGUGGUUGACACGGUGCUGCCCAUGGCAUGGGUUCCUGUCCGCCCAAUCUUUGCCACAGCAACAAACCUGCUUGGUCCGGUACUCCUGCCAGUACUAUCGCUUGCAUUCCCUGGAUUGAGGGAAUCGCUAGCUGGUACCGGCGGUGGUGCUAGCUCGCUAUGGGAUUCCCUUGCCUCGCCCAGUGUUCGGUCGCUACUUCUCGAGGAGCUGCGCCAGUCAUGGAUUAUCGAGCUGCUGUUUCCUUGGAUUAGCACGGCAGCGACUGGGAGUACUAGCGAUCUGCCCACCAAAACAGUUCCCGACAGCAUCGUUGCUGGCGCUGCCGAUGCAUACGCUAACGCAAUUGACAUAGCACGCAAUGCCCUUGACAGCAUCAUGCCCGGUAUAGUCAGCCAGGCCUCGGCCGGCGUUGAUACGCUUUUGGCAUCGGCACAGCGCGGCCUCGAUGGAAUCAGCCAAGUACCCGACUGGGAGAAGGAGAUCUGGAGCCAGUUCAUCGAAUGGGGAAUUCCGAUCGACAAGGUCUCUGUUAUGCUGCAAAACGCUGCGGUCGGGCACACCCUGCACGACCGGCUGGUAACCAUUGGUGUUGGCCACACCACAGUUUUUGUGAUGUGCUGGUUCAUUGUGCGCUACACCCCACGUAUUCUGCGCCAUACGCUGAUCUACACUGUUGCACACAUGCUCUUGCUAAUGCUCAAGGUCAUUGUUUUCGUCACAGUCGAGCUGGUCAUGUUCCCAAUCAUGUGUGGCUUCUGCCUGGAUGUGUCGCUGCUGCCGUUGCAGGCUGGGUCUUCUAUCGCCUCGCGCAUCGCAUUCCUGGCUGCGCAUACGCGACUCUCGCUGUUCCUGCACUGGAUGUUUGGCAUGGUGUUUAUGUAUCACUUUGCCAACUUUGUCGCCUACUGCCGAGAGGUCCUGCGCCCUGGCCUGCUGUGGUUCAUCCGUGAUCCGAAUGACCCGCAAUUCCGGCCAAUGCGCGAUAUCCUCGAGGGCAGUCUAAAGCAGCAGAUGCGCAAAAUAUGGACCGGCGCCAUCAUGUACUUCUCGAUCAUAUUUGUAUGCUUCGGCCUGACAUUUGUUGUGCUGACAUCGCUGUUCAAGUCUGUGUACCCGAUGCACUGGGGCAUUGGCCGCUGGCCAGAGAGCAAACAGCACCUGACGACGCGAGACCUCACAGCUGGGCUCCCAAUUGACCUGCUGUUCCUACACUUUUUGCUCCCGGUGGCGAUCGCGUGGGGGCGGCCCCUGGAGAUACUCGGAUCUGUAUUCAGACACUGGUGGCGAGCUGCUGCUGGUGCAGUACGGCUGACCGAGUUUGUGAUCGGUGAGCGCAACAUCCUUGACGAGGGACGGUGGAUCAUCAAUGGAAUCCCGGCUCCUCUUCCCAAGCUCUGGAUGCCAGUCGGCGUGGUUCAGACUGUUUUUGCCGAGUUUGAGUCUACCUUCACCGAUGAAGCGCGCACAGGUACAGCCGAUGGCGCGCUGCCCACUGACGAGUAUCGGAGACGCUUGCAGAAUGCGAUCGAUGAGGCGCUCCUUGAAACACAUCCAGAGGUGCGCUUCAUCCUCGAUGGCCAGAAUGUCAGGGCUCCAUCUAUUGACACUGUGCCCAUCGUUCAUGGUCGCCGCAUGAUUGUUCCGGUCGAUGCGCAUGGCCGUCCGACUGAGGACAGAUACGACUACGAGGCUGCCGAUGGGCCCAAUAGAGAAGUGGAGAUCAACCGUGGGCGCAAUAUUCCGCCUCAGGCUCCUGAAGACCGCGACCGUGACUUGCGCUACAAGGCUGAAAACUACCGUAUCAUCCACGUGCCACCCAUGUUCUCUGCGCACAUGGUAGCGUACAUGGCCCUAACGUGGCUUGCAAUGGGUCUGGUGAUUGGAGUCGUGCUGACAUCGUCGAUUGUGAUCGGCCGUGCCAUCUAUAGCGAGCUGUGGGGCUUGGACACUCAUGACAUCCACGCCUUUGCGCUGGGGCUGCUGGUCGUUCUGGUGACAAGCGCCAUUGCACAUUGGGUAGUCAAGCGUGCAGUUGAGUUGCUUGACCGAGGCACCGAUCGCCCAGCACGGCUGCGCGAGCUGUGGAGCCAGGCGUCCCGGGUGUGGGCGACUACGUGGAAGCUGGCUGUCACAGGAACAGCAUUCUAUGUGGUUGUGCCUGCGAUAUAUGGCAUUGUGCUCGAGGUCUACUUGAUAACUGUGGUCCGUCAGUACCUCCAAGACGCUGGUAUUGGUGAAAUAAUGAGCCGGACGCUGAGGCAGGUCAUGCUACGUAACUGGCUGUUUAGCAUUCUGCAGCUGCGGGUCAUUGUGUCGCUGCUGCACUUUAUGCCAGAUCUGUUCUGGAGCCGCGAGAUGGACAGGCUGUUCACUGGUCCGCCGCAUACGUGGCACGUCAUGCGUGGUCUCUACGUGUUUGCCCUGCCGGCGAUUGCACUGUCGCUGGUAAGCGCAGCCCUGCCGAUUGGCCUGACCUCGUUUAUCAUGUGGAGGAGCGGCUCGCUUGAUGCAGAGACAUUUGCCAGCAUCUUCGAGCUGGAGGACAUUGAGCUGCUGGCAUGGAGCAGUAAGGUGAUCAUGAUCGUUUCUGUGAUGUGUGGAGCAGCGUUCCAGGGGAUCGUCGUCUACAGGCGCUGGUCACGUUAUGUCCGGGACCGAGCAUACCUAGUUGGUCAGCAGCUGCUCAAUCUGGACGGUACUGGCGUGGAGGCAAAUGGCAGAGGCCCUCAGCCCGAAAAUGCCGAGGAAAUUGCGCAUGCGGAUAUCGUGGCCAACAACAACAACAACAAUAACGAGAACGAUGUCGCUGAGCCAGCGGAGGGCGGUGCGGCCGAAGUCUUCUAA